AUGAUUAACAUUGAACUAGCAUUCAUCCAGCAAUAUCCAGACCGUCCAAGACACACGGCCGGAGUGCGUCACGUGAUCGCUCAGCUGGUAGAAGACGUGCGGAGGCUGCAGGCGUCUCUGACAGCACUGCAGGAAGCCCACGCGCAACAGCUCCAGCGAUUGGAAGAACGCCUGGAUGAGAAGAAACAGCACAUCGCGAGGCUCGAAGCCAGGCUUGACACCCAGAGGGACUAUGAUGAUAUUAAGAGAGAAAUAAGUAUGCUCCGAGCACUAGACUUGGGUGGAGGUGAACGGUCACUCGAGCGGUCACUGGAAAGAUCACUCGAACGGUCACUGGAACGCAAACCAGAGCUACGCUCACCUAGCGUUGCGCCCGCGCAUCGCGAUAAUUCUGCUGAACGCGAGCGCAGCGCAGAACGUCGGGAUACAGGUGGCGAGGAGUGGCCGGUCACGCCGCCGCCGCUCAACAACAACACUACGCACCACAACAACAACGGCCCCAUGCCGUUGCCGCUGCCGCCGCCGAGCCCGUUCCGCUUCGAAGAACAUCGCACUUACCGAUUCGCCGACGACAUGGGCCCGCUCCCACCUGGCGCGCUGGUUGGCAGGCUGGGAGAUUCGCUCAUCCCUAAGGGUGACCCCAUGGAAGCUCGGCUGCAAGAGAUGCUAAGAUACAACAUAGACAAAUAUGCCAAUACCAACCUUGACACGCUGCACAUCAGUCGAAGAGUUAGGGAGCUCCUCUCCGUGCAUAAUAUCGGUCAGAGGCUCUUCGCCAAAUACGUCCUGGGCCUGUCGCAAGGAACAGUAUCGGAACUACUAUCGAAGCCGAAGCCAUGGGACAAGCUGACAGAGAAAGGCAGGGACUCGUAUAGAAAAAUGCACGCGUGGGCCUGCGACGAAGCAGCCAUCAUGCUCCUCAAGUCACUGAUCCCUAAAAAAGUUGGGACUAAGGAUGGCAACUGCGCAGUUUACGGUAGACCUGACGGUGAAGGCGAUGAUAGGCUCGCGCACGCCAUACUCAAUGAAGCCUCACACCUCAUGAAAACGUCCUCAAACCACCCCAAUAAUGACGACUCCAGGAGCAACGACGACUCCAGCUCACCGCGGACACAAUGCCAAUCUCCGUUUUCUAAUAAGGAGUCCAGUCAGAACAGAAGACUUAAGAAGUAUGAAAAUGACGACAUUCCCCAGGAAAAGGUGGCGCGAAUUUAUCAGGAUGAGCUAACUAAAAUUAUGACUCGGAGAGUAGAAGACAUACGGCGCGAAGGGUUUCCCGGCAUGUUUCCUCCAUUUUUCAGCGGCGGCAUGCCACCACACAUGGAACGUCCACCAGAAGACAUCCGAAUGGCACUAGAAGCUUAUCACAGAGAACUUGCCAAAAUCCAGCCAGCGGGAAACAUUCCCAACUUGCACAACUUGCCAGGAAUGCCACCGUUCCCCAACCUCCUUGCGCUUCAGCAACAGGCUAUGCAACAAGCUCAAAAUCAACAAAUAAAUGGCUCCGGAGCGGUCCAAGAUCUCUCUCUGCCUAAAGAUAAAACCGCCAAAUUGAAUGGAAUGACUGAUAGUGAUAAGGAUAGGCCAAUGGAUGCCGAAGAGGCUAUUAGACACGCGGGAAGCGCGUUUUCAUUAGUAAGGCCCAAACUUGAGCCUGGACAGCAAUCAACUGGAUCAUCUGCAUCCAGUCCGCUUGGCAACGCAAUAUUACCGCCAGCGAUUACCCCCAAUGAAGAUUUCAGUAGUUCAGCUGCAGCAAGCCCACUGCAGAGGAUGGCAUCAAUCACGAAUAGUCUGAUCUCCCAACCUUCAAACCCUCCCCAUCACCCACCUCAGCAGCGGUCGAUGAAAGCAGUUCUUCCGCCGAUUACACAGCAACAGUUCGAUCUCUUUAAUAAUUUAAAUACUGAGGACAUUGUGAGGAGAGUUAAGGAGGCUUUAAGUCAGUACUCUAUCAGCCAAAGACUAUUCGGUGAAUCAGUCCUCGGACUAUCACAAGGAUCUGUCAGUGACUUACUAGCUAGGCCUAAACCGUGGCACAUGCUUACGCAAAAAGGACGAGAGCCGUUCAUCCGAAUGAAAAUGUUUCUGGAAGAUGACAAUGCUGUUCACAAACUAGUCGCAUCACAGUACAAAAUUGCGCCUGAAAAAUUGAUGAGGACUGGAAACUACAGCGGAGCGCCUCCAUGUCCGCCUAACAUGACCAAACCAAUGCCUCCAACGCAGAAAAUGAUUUCAGACGCCACUUCGUUACUAAGUAAAAUGCAACAUGAGCAGCUCUUGGGACCAGGUCACCUUGGCCAUUUGGCUCAGGCCACGCCCCUGUUACUAACGCCACCCGGUUUCCCACCACAUCAUGCAGUGACGCUACCACCCCAGCAUCACGACAAUAACAAUAAGGAAAGGAAGCCACCACCUCCUCCUCCUCAACCUCACCACGCGCCCCCAAUUAUGCGCAGCCUUCACCAACACAUAUCGCCCAGUGUUUAUGAAAUGGCUGCUCUUACACAAGACUUAGACACACAAACGAUUACGACAAAAAUCAAGGAAGCGUUAUUAGCAAAUAAUAUUGGUCAAAAAAUUUUCGGCGAAGCUGUCUUAGGCCUUUCGCAGGGCUCCGUCAGCGAAUUACUAUCGAAACCUAAACCCUGGCACAUGCUUAGCAUCAAAGGCAGAGAACCCUUUAUUCGUAUGCAACUGUGGUUAAGCGAUGCUCACAAUAUUGACCGCUUACAAGCUUUGAAGAAUGAGAGACGUGAGGCGAGCAAAAGACGGAGGUCUAGCGGUCCCGGACAAGACAACUCUUCUGACACUUCUUCAAACGAUACGUCUGAGUUCUAUCACUCGAGUUCACCGGGCCCCACAACUGGAGCGCCCUGCGCCAAAAAACAACGGGUUUUAUUCUCAGAAGAGCAAAAGGAAGCUCUAAGAUUAGCUUUUGCUCUCGAUCCAUACCCAAACAUGCCGACGAUCGAGUUUCUCGCCGCCGAACUGGGUCUCUCAUCUAGAACUAUUACCAACUGGUUUCACAAUCAUCGCAUGCGCUUAAAACAGCAGGCCCCACACGGGUUGCCGGCUGAACCUCCACCGCGAGACCAAUCGUCGGCUCCAUUCGACCCUGUUCAAUUCCGUCUCCUUCUCAAUCAAAGGCUGCUCGAACUUCAAAAGGAAAGAAUGGGUUUAGCGGGUGUGCCGCUGCCGUACCCGCCGUACUUCGCGAACUCGAAUCUGGCGGCUCUGAUAGGUCGCGGGCUGAUGCCACCCGAAGAACCAGCGAAGGACCAGUCCGGCGGUCUCGAUCUGUCGAUGCCGCUCAAGCGGGAACCCGACGGCGACGAUUUCGAGGACGAGGAUGUGGAAAGCAACCUCGGCUCCGAGGACUCGAUGGACGAGGAAUCAAAGACUGAGCCGAAGGCGUCGUCCACUCCGGCCGGACGAUCCAGCCGACGGAAGCCCGCCGCGCCGCAGUGGGUGAACCCUGACUGGCAGGACGAGAAGGCGCGUAACCCUGACGAAGUGAUAAUCAACGGUGUGUGCGUGAUGAGAAGCGACGACUUCAGACGGGAAGCCGAGGAGACGGUGCGCGUGGAGCCGUCGCCUGUACCUCGCGAGGGCUCGCCUGCAGCGUCGCCGGCGCCGCGCACCCCGCGCACCCCGCACACCCCGCACACCCCGCACACGCCGCACACGCCGCUCACGCCCCACACUCCGCAUACGCCGCGUCCCUCGCACACGCCCGAGGACGUCAUCCCCGAGGACAAGAUCAAAGCGGAGACCGACGACGGCUGGGAGUACUGA